CCUAUCCAGUAGUAUCCACCGCCGCAGGACGAAGGUAGACACGAUGAAGGACGCACGCGAGCUCUUCUGCUGGAAGGGCUGGCAAAAGGAGCUGGCGUUGGCGUUGUGGGAGGCCUUAGGUGACCCUAGCAGCGAAAGGGUUGAGCUAGAGGACGCGCUGCUUAACGUGCUGGCGUCAUUUAUCUUUGAGCUGGUAGGCGAUCAGCCGUUUAGCAGCGGGUUUGUCCACUUUCUGGCCGUGCUCGGCAUCAAUGCCACGGCCCGGCGACUGCGCAGGGCGAAACACUACUCAUACAUGCUCGCCGGCGUAGCAUACUGCAUACGCGUGUUGGGCGUCAAGAAGCUGCUUCCGUCAGCUGAGCGCAGCAAGCAGACUGACGAGGACCGUGAGCGCUUCCUAGCCAAGAGACUAAAGUAUCUGGCCGACAGUUUGUACAGUCUAAUAAGCUAAGUGAUUAGCUUGCUGGCGUAUAGAAAGCAUGUUGCGUUGACAGACGGCAACUCAGGCAGCGCGUACUGGUCUGAGGACAAGAAGAUCUUCUACUUAAACGGCCGACCCAUCUACAUUAGCCAGUUCCGCAAGAUGGCUCAGGACAUGGUAGUUAAAGUAGAGGAGAUGUUGUGGCAGGAGCUGAUAUGGCUUAAAGAGGCCAAAGAGCGGUUUUCCAUUGAUCU